CGUAAGUUUUGUUCUCCGUAUCCUCUGUCAGCGGUCCCUUUGCUCCCAUCCAUGUGGCCAAGGGUGAUUGAGGAUGUCGCUCAAGGCGUCACAAAUAUUGCCGCGUAUUCAAUUUGUUUUAUUGUUCCACUUGUGAUUUUUAUUUCUCCCAUAAAUCCAGCCAAGGCAGCUCAGGACUUUGCUGCCUUCAGGCUUCAGCAUUUUGAUUUGCAUGGAACGCGCUUGGGCGCUAUACAUGCCGCACUCUCGUGUGAAGCUCAAACCCUGGGAUUUCGUCUUAUCGGACGGAAGUGUCUAUUAUUGCGUCUUUCUGAAGUGACUAUUGAACUUGUAAAAGAUGCUGCUUCUCGUAACUCAGGUGGUAUCAUCAUUAUAUUACCAUCAGGCCCUUGGAAUGACACUACCAAAAGACAUUUUCUCCAUUUAGAGCGAGAAUUUAUUUCCGAGGAGUUUGGUGUUCCUAUAUAUUUUGUAAAGGAAAACAGCGCACUAAGAGAUAUAUACUCAAAUGUCAGGCACAUUACCCAAGUUGACCAGGGUCAUUCAAGGAGUUAUGCUCUUAUGAAUGCAAUUUGGUCGACUGGCUACCGAUUUUCAAUAACUGCCCCGCCCUCUAUGGAAUUUGUUAAUCACGAAAUCUUUACGAUUGAAGGGAAGUUGAUGGGCUCUAAUAGAGAUUCGCCAAUAAUUGCGAUUGUUGCGCAUUAUGAUUCCUUCGCUCCGGUUCCGGUUAGUCAUUCCUACUUUAUUGGUUCUCAGGCCUUAUCUUUUGGGGCUGACUCAAACGGUAGUGGAGUCGUUAUUUUGCUUGAAUUAGCACGAAUUUUCAGCAGGUUAUAUCAUUCUUCUCUUACUCAGCCGAAUUUUUCCUUAUUGUUCUUGCUCACCGGAGGUGGCAAAUUUAACUAUCUAGGCUCUAAACAUUGGCUUGAAAAUAACUUAAACGAUUUAAAUGGAUCAGUAGUUCAAGUUAUUUGUCUCGAGGGCCUGGGGAAAUAUGUACAUUCUUCUGGGACUGAUGGAACUUACUUUAAUGAAACUUUGUUUGCUCAUGUUUCUCGGACCCCCAAAGAAGACUCCUUGGGAUAUAAAUUUAUCAAAGAGCUGCAAUUUUCCAACUUACUACACUCAAAGAAUUUCAAAGAUGCCCACCAAUACUCUUCAGAUUCGUUGCAGACUAAUGAAAAUUCAGUUCGUGUCGUGCACAAAAAGAUUAAUUUAAACGAUGAAUUGCUUGCUUGGGAGCAUGAACGAUUUGCUGUCCAUCGUCUAGCUAGCAUGACGCUUUCUAGCAGCUGGCCCGAUCUUGCAAGUGCUUCGCAAUUUCGCCGAUCGGCUUUGGAUACCUUGCCUGGAGCUGGGUGGUCCGAUGACGGCUAUGACAUAAUUGAAUCGGACGUUGGCGUUAGUCCCCAUAUUCUAGCUCGGAAUGCUCGUGUCAUUGCUGAGGCCUUAGUUCGGCUCAUUUAUGAUAUCAACUCAACGCAGUUCGGGACUGUAGAUACCUUGUUAGUUUCACAAUCGUGGAUCACUGAACAGACCUCAAGUGGCCUUCUCGAUCUUCUCUUGCGUCAACCCCGCGCUACGCAGUUCUUCGGUCCAUCUGUCGAGUUAAUACCACCACACGAGGCUGCGCCCUCACCUUCAAAGAAAUCUGGAAACCAAGCUAUUUUCUCUAAUAAUGACCCUUUCCUUGACUCAGGUGAUGUACAACCUAACUUAGGCUUUCGAUCACCAGCUAACCGGCUGACUGCCUAUUUGGACAAUGACGUUGCGAGUGAUCUGCUCGUUAGCCUCCAAAACUAUUUUACUACUUAUUUAUCUGAGAUGCGUCUUCUUAGACAACCUGUGCUGUCCUUUUACGGCUCUGGCGAACAGGGACGGUCUGGUAGACCAAGUGCAGCUGCAUUAACAUCAGCUUCUGCAGGUGAAGAAGUUGGUGUGCCCCUUGGAAGCUCAGUGGUCCUCACAUCCGCUGCUAGGGCCGAAUAUAACAUCGUGCUCUACUCCUCGGUCGCGCCGUCCGUGCUUUAUGCUUACAAGUAUGAUAACCUAAUAAUUUUGUAA